CAAAAUGUCGACAGAGAAGUUUUACAGGGAGGUAACUCUGAGCGUCUGCAUUAUCUUCAACAACAACAACAACAACAACAACAACAAGUAAAUUGUAAACGACUCCUCUUGAAAGGAACUUUAUACGGUGAGCUUAACAUGGAUGUUAAAUCAAGCAGUCACACAACUGAUUCAAGACAAUCAAGUCUUAAAACAAAUGAAGUCAGUGAUUUUGGUAGUACCAAUGAAGAUGUUAAAAGAAAUACAUCAGAUAACAUGGGAGACCAGGAGCUAGAACUAUUAAUGCUUACUUGCAAACGGCCUGAAGCAAAGGGAGAUGUCAACUUAUUUGAAGAUAUGUACCAAAGUUGGAAAAAUCAGGAAAAACAGUCAGCAGAAGCAGAAAAGAUAUUACAUCAAAAGUUAAAAAUUUGUGAAAAGGAGAAAGACAUUGCUGUAAGAAAGGUGAAAGAUUUAGAAAAGAAUGUACAACUUCUGCAAACAGCUGUUGAAAGUCUGCAUAAUGAUUUAGACAUUGUGGACAAAUUUGGCAAAGAAAACAUGGAAUUGAAAAAAGAAAUCAAGGAGCAUGAGGAAACUAUUUGCAAACAAAGAGAAAUGUUUGAAUCCAAAUGUGAUGAACUAGUAAAGAAAAACAAAGAAGUCUCAAGUAAAUAUCAGAAAGAAAUAUUUGAUCUAAGGGAAGAAAUGGAAAGGAAAAUCAAUGCUAAAGCUAAAGAUAUGGAUGACUUAAAAACAGAAAAAGAUCAAGAGCUAGAAAAACUGGGUAAGGAGAUGCUGUUAGAGAAAGAGAAGUUGAAGAUGGAGUAUGAAAACAAGCUGGUCAAAUUACAAAGGCACAAAGCUACAUUUUCCUUAAACCAGCAACAAUCUUCAUCAGCUAAUCAUGAAAUCUUUAGACAAAAACUACAACAUUUAAAGAAGGAACAUGAAACUGAAGUGAUUACAUACAAGGAACAAAUUAGGCAUUUACAAGAGCAGCUUAAUGCCAGUGUAUCCACACAGAAAGGUGCUGUAUCGAACAGACAAUCUUUCACAACACAACCGCUUUUCAAAAAAUCUAGAAAGUUUUGAAGAUUUAUCUAAACCAAGGGGAAAGUUACAUAACCAGCAAGUGACCUAAUGACACCAUUUCUUUUGUUCAAGAGUAUCCAAUAUGAUUAUUGGCACUACGAAAGCAGACAUUUAGUAUUCCGACAUCAUCUAUUUUGUUAAAUUAUGGGUU